AUGAAGAUGAACAGGCUACAGGCCGAAUAUGGAAACCCUGCUGAUUGCAGGUUCUCUUUCCGGCUUUACAUCAUGGCGUGUGCGCUGUGCGCCAUGCAAAAAUUCUCACAAUCUCUGGCCUGGAUCGGAUUCGUAUUGGGCGAAAUCUCAGACGGUGAAGCGCAUCGUCACCCAAUGCACCUCUGGACGGGUCCCGUUAUAUUUGAGCGAAAGAUCAAGCUAGCGGGCCGUUGCUGCCACCACCUGGGCCGGAAAGCCUUGCAUUAUGCGACCAAUAACCCAGUUAUGGACCGCGGAUUCCGAAGCGAUCAUAGCCGGGAGAGGGCACUGACACUUCCGACCAGUUCAGAGUCAAGAUCCAUGAUCCAGGCUACGAAUGUGAACCAUGUUUUCGGGUUGGUCUGGCAGCCGGUGGUCUCUGCGCUGCCCCCAUCAACCCCCCUUGCUCAUCACCGGGCAGCGGAUGCAUACGCUACUCUCAACGCGCGCAUAAUUUGGAAUCAGAUGAAGCGUGCUUCAGGCAGCCAGCCUAGCCGAGAUUGUGCGCAAUACGAUCUCCGGAAAGGCGCAAGAUGGUCCUAUGCCAAUCGGGACGUAAAUCAACUCUCCCAGAAGAUCACUGAAGCAUUUGGUUCUCUGUGGGGCGGCAUCGAAGCGAUCUCGAAUCAAGUGCCAUCUCUAGGGCGAGAAGCCUCACGCCACAAACAGCCAUGGGCCAUGUGGACGUUGCAGAAUGUGUGCAAGGCUGACCUGCACAAAUCCUUCGACCCCAGUGUAAUGGUUUGCAGUCAGCGCGCGCGUGCUCAACUUCGCCGAUUACUGCACGAGGCGGCUGCUGUGUCACCUUUCCAGAAUUUGGGCAGCACGUCGGUAUUACCUGCCUACAACGGUAUUACGUUUUGGCGAAGCACCAGGGCGUGGGGUAAUAAUACAUUGACUGCCGCAAGCAAGGCUUGUUGCAGAUGGCGCUGCUGGCCGAUAUCAAGUGUUGAUCAUGAAGGGCCAAAGGCGUCCAUAGAGUCAGUUUUUCGGAUGCAUGCAGGGCAACAGCUUACAGCCUCUGCCGUAGACAGGGGCCAUAUGGCUUACAUUCCACGCUUCAUCGUGGGCUUCUAUGCUCUAGACAGCGAGGCUGGGACUUGCAAGGCGCGUGUCAGAUCUACCUACCAUACAUGCUCACUCGAGGACUCAGAUCUGAGUUGUGACACGAGAGCAACAUCACGCCAUCGCAAAGUGCUGUUUGUCUUCGAAUCGGGUCUUAUCCGGACAUGUGUGUACCUCAUCGACUUGCGACGACACAUUGAGCGUGAUCAAUCUGAAUUUGUAAAACGGCAGUUUAUAAUGAGAUGA